AUUACCCACAAUCCGCCGUUGCGGCUACUUCCUCCGCGAGCGGAUCCUCGAGUCCCGGCGGGAGGGCGGCCGGAGAGACAGAGACUUCACUCACUUACUCAGUGACUCUGAGAUGCCCCCCAAGAAAGCGACCGGCCAGCCCAGCAAAAAGGCUGAGCAGAAGAAAAAGGAAAAGGUUAUCGAGGAUAAGACCUUUGGUCUGAAGAACAAGAAAGGAGCAAAACAGCAGAAAUUUAUCAAAACUGUCACAAAUCAAGUCAAGCAUGGACAGACAGGUGGAAAGCAGAUACCUUAUGGUGAAGAAAAGAAGUCUAAGAAAGAUGAUAAAAAGAAAGAACUCCAAGAGCUGAAUGAACUUUUUAAACCUGUAGUAGUCGCUCAGAAGAUCAGCAAAGGAGCAGAUCCCAAAUCUGUGGUCUGUGCUUUUUUCAAGCAAGGUCAAUGUACCAAGGGUGACAAAUGCAAGUUUUCUCAUGACCUGACCCUGGAAAGGAAGAGUGAAAAGCGCAGCAUGUAUGUAGAUGCCAGGGAUGAAGAGCUUGAAAAGGACACAAUGGAAAAUUGGGAUGUGAGAAAACUGGAAGAAGUAGUGCAAAAAAAACAUGGUGAUGCAGAACAGAAGAAAACCGUAAUAGUAUGCAAACAUUUCCUUGAAGCCAUAGAGAAUAACAAAUAUGGCUGGUUCUGGGUCUGUCCUGGAGGAGGAGACAGUUGUAUGUACCGUCAUGCCUUGCCACCAGGCUUUGUAUUGAAGAAAAACCAGAAGAAAGAAAUAAAGGAAGAAAUUUCAUUAGAAGAUUUAAUAGAAAAGGAGAGAGCAGCCCUGGGACCAGACGUAACCAGAAUCACCCUAGAAACUUUCUUAGAAUGGAAGAAAAGGAAGAGACAUGAGAAAACUGAAAAAGCCCUGCAAGAACUAGAAAAGAGGAAAGCAGAUUUCAAUGCUGGAAAAGCUUUUGGUGUGAGUGGCCGUGAAGUCUUUGAAUUUAGACCUGAAUUGAUUAACGCUGAUGAUGAAGAAGCAGAUGAAACACAGUAUCCUGAAGAACAAGGCGAAGAGGUUGAAGAAGCAGCACAGAUCAAUGACAUUGACAUUUCCCGGUUUGUGCCAAUAGAGAUACAUAAUACUGGCAUUACAGUGUCUACUGGAAUUGAGCGGCUGGGAGCAACACAUUCUGCAAGUUUACCCAAAGAAAUGUCCAGUGAUGCAGAUGAAAAUAAAUUAGAUGAAGCCUCAGGAGGAGUUGCUAACGAUAGUGAAGAUGGUAAAGUGGAUGGAGAAUUAGAAGAUGGUCAGAUCGAUGGUGUCCCUGUAGAUGAAAAUCUCUUCACUGGAGAAGAUCUGGAUGAGCUAGAUGAUGAGUUAGAUGACUUGGAUCUGGAGGAUUAAGGGACCUGGAAAGCAAAGCAUGUUUAAUACAAACUUGGAGACUCAAAUUCAAAGGACUUCAUAUUAAAUAAACAUCUGACUGAUUUCUUUAAUGUUUGACCCCAUAAACUUUUCCUGUGCUGUUUUUAAAAUAUGCAGAAAUAUGGUAUACAUCGACCCUUGCCAUGGUCACUGUUGCCUUGCAAAACACCAAUAGUUGAGACCCACCUUUCAAAAUAGUCCAAAAUGUGAGUAAGCAAGUAUUCACGAGCAUUGCCAACUCUAACAGUGAAAUCCAAUAUUAAAACACUUAUUUAUUCUGUUGGGCUGCAAAUAUUUUAAAAGGCUCAAAUGUAAAUUUUUAUUUUGAAGAACGAUAACAAUGUUCGUUUUAAGAAAUUAUGCUUAAACUCUAUUUUGGACAAGAAAGUAUAGAGCCAUUGGAACAUAGGAUAUGAAAUUGCAUUCUUAAAGGAGAAACGAUGUUAACCAUUUUAACUCUUACCUGAAGAUCAUUUCUAUAUAGAACAUUUCUACAGUGUUGAUCGAGGUAUUGUAAUGCCUAAUGCCACAUUAAGCAAUGCAUCCAGCAUCACUGCUGAACCCCUAGUUUGAGUUCAUCAAGAUGAAGAGUACGAAUUGGCAGUGUUGCAUAUUGAACUUCUCUAAAUGAAUGAUGCAAUUAUUCAAUAUUUGAAAUUUUCAUUACCAUUUAUGUCUGUGCAGGUUGUAAAUAAAGUGUAUUGGAAAAAAAAAA